AAUGCAUUCAAUUCCUUAGCCUCAUUCAGCAUGUCACCGUCUAUUUCACAUCGACCAUCAGAGCAGACAGCAGCAGCAACAACCACCGCGGCUGCUGCUGAUGGCGAAAAGACUGUCUGGUACCUUGCAUAUGGUAGCAAUAUGGAGCCAAAGGUCCUGACAGGUCGACGCAAAAUCAAACCCAUCGAGUCAGUCCCUGUCAUUGUACCUGGAUACUGGCUAAGCUUUGAUAUUGGAGGCAUUCCUUUUGUUGAGCCAUGCUUUGCCUCUAUCCUCAAAAUGGAUCCUGCAAGGAUGCAUGAUAAGGCUUAUGCACAAGAGGUCUUUGUUAGAACACAAUAUGGCCGUGAAUUCUUGUGGGAUGAACGCCACCCAGAUCAUCCAGCUCGCUCUUAUCCUCCUGUUCUCCAAGGGGUUGCUCACAAAAUAACACUUCGCGACUGGCAGCUUGUUAUUCAAUCUGAGGGUGGAUGGGGUCAUGAUGUACCUACAGGCUACAACCAGAUUGAAGUAGACUGUCGAGUUGUUGGCACCAAUGAACACAUCACUACUCAUGUGUUAGAGGCACGCCCACUAUCUGUUAAAAGCCAUUGCCAACCCUCAGCUCGUUAUAAGGCCCUGUUGGUCUCUGGUGCGGCUUAUCACAACCUUGACCCAGCCUAUCAACAAUACCUCUCUACUAUUGUUCCAUAUGAAUGCACAGGAGCCCGAUCCAAGAUCGCUCGUGUUCUCUUUGUCUUCAUCAAUUUCCCUACUUUACUAUUGUUUGCAUUCAGGUUUUGGACAAACAAAGGCAAAUCUGCAGAUCAACUUCAGCGACCACCUUACUGGCAGGCUUGGUUUUUUGACAAGGCUGCAAGGUUCUCGAGUACAGCACAUGAUUAUGUCAUUGCACCUAUUCUUGGAUCCGGCCGAUCUUCUUCCCUUGUGCAACAAGCAGUCAUCAGGGAGCGGAUCCAAAAGUCCAUGCAGGUUAGCGAGACCCCUCAGGAAUAUCAAGCCAAUAUGGAAGCUGAUCUAGAUAGGGAAAGCUCAGCCUUGAAGAUGGCUGAGCAGGCUGCCGAAACUGUAGCCGAGUAAGGGGUAGAAAUUUGUUGAAGUGUUCAAGUUACCAGAGUAUCCAUUAAGGAAUUGAUUCAAACACUUGGUAGUUCAAGAAACGCAGUCGCUUAGAGUAAUUUAAUGUUACAGCAGAUUGAUAGAGUGCCGUUUCAAUGUAUACUUGCGCAGAUUUUACUUUAGACACUUUAGAUUGUGGAAGAAUUAUUGUAAUCAUCCAAAUUUAGUCGAUAAAUGCGUACAAAAAUAU